AGAUUUAUAACCUUGUUGUCUGAUAAGAAGGCAUACAGUCUUAGAUCUCAGAAAGCCACUGUUUUCAAUAUACACACAUCAGCUGGUGAUGAAGACAGCAAGAUUUCUAAUUUCCAGAACUCAAAGAAAGCCAGUGAGCCUACAGACUCGCCUUUGCCUGUCUUCAGUGACAGAAUCAGUCUGGACCGUCUGUCUCACAACUUGAAAAUUACAGACUUCCACUUGCCAGAUGAGGACUUUGGCGUUCUGAAGCUUGAAAAGCUGAAAUCCGUGAAUCACCUGGAACCAUUCACACACCACAUACACCGAGAGAGAUAAGACAGUACAGCCAGCAUCCUAACAAUGACAGCAAUACAUUGCUGCCUGCAGGUAGCUCAGCAGUGCUGCAGGAAAGUAAUCCGGAGGCUUAUUCUCAAAUAUUUGAGAGAGCCUUAAAUCUAUUAGAAACGAAUGAACACUGUUUGAAUGUUGAUCCAACUUCUUGCAACAAAGACACUUUGGAAAAUAAUAUAGAGCCAUCAGCAGAUGCAGCAGAACCAUCACACUCUCUUAUAAGUGAGCCAACAAGUGCACUACCACUUGUUGUAGAGGUAUUAGACUCCAAUGAGAAAAUAUCCCAUUCUCCUAAAAAAGACUUUUCAAUAAACCAAUUUCCAGAUGAUGACAAUCCUAGACAUACCAGCUGUAUUCCAGAAAGGCCCCUUCCUGAUCAUGAAAUACCCCCAAACAUUUUGGCAAUUCCCACCUGUUCUUUGAGUGAUGGUGAAGUACAAGCUCUUAUUCCACUUAAUGAUGUUUCCGGAGAUGCCGAGACUUUAUGGGCAAAUCUUGAUUCACAUAGAAGUAUAGAAUCCAAUGUUGUUCCCACAGAUUCCCCUACACAGUCAAACAUACCUGGAAAACUUUCUUCUCCAAAAGAACUGAAGAGUAGUGUCCUCUUCUCAACAUCAUUAUGCUCUGUCCCUCUAGAGACUAUGAACGAUUUUGUGGCUUCAUCCUGCACACCAGGGCUUCCUUUUUUAGGUUCAACUCCAGCCAUCUUUUCUUCACUGCAUGGCAGCAAUACAUCUGUUACUUGCAGUCUGGCAGAUGAGAGGCAACAGAAAGUUUUUCUUCCAGAGGUCUGUAGUAGAGAAGGCCCUGAAUUUAUGUCCUUGAGGUGUAUGGGUGGUGCUGGAGAUAUAGAAGACUCCAAGCAAUGCCAUGAUGUAUUGGGACAAGAUGAUAACAUGAUGGUUGAAGGUCAUUGUCAAUAUCUAGAGCAUCAGAACAGCCUACUGUCAAAGGCUGACAAAGAUAGAUCUGUAUAUGUGUUAUCCAAAAGAGCUGAUAAUGAAGAUACAGAAGUAGAGACUGGAUCAGGGGGUCGCCUACGUCUACUUUCAGAAAUAAAGGAUAGCUGUGGUGGUGGUUGUACAGUAGAUCUGUGUCCGGUUUGGUGGGAGUUCUCUGGAAGUCCAGAGCUCUGCAUUGUAGCAGCGAGUGAAUCCUCUGUUUGCCUUUGGAGACCCCAGACAGAAGGGAAUUGGGACUGUGCUCACACUUGGAGCUUUACAGAGAUGCCAGUUAUCCAGAUACUUCCAUUAUCUCAAGAGAAGAAUAUUGUUUGUGUUGCAUUAGGAAGUCUAGAAAUCAUGGAGAUCUGGGCUUUAUUCUCACCCCCUGAAAGGCUUGGCUGGGAGAAGCAGCUGGUCAAACGUGGGCACAUGAAAACUGCUCAGGGUCUGUCGAGGCACCGUCUGGUCAGCAGUGGAGAACAUGGCCAAGUUGUAGAAGUGCAGCAGUUGUCAGAGACAGGAAGUACAGUGGAAUCCCUUUCAUUGGUGCCCCCCAGAGACAGUGUUCUGGCCUUCUGUGAAGUAGAAGGAAAGAGGGAUGCUUUGGUUGGAUCCACCAUGGAUACUUAUGUGGUUGUCUGGAAUGCUGUCACUGGACACCUCUUGAGUACGAUCUACGUGGGUGACCACUGCUCUGACCUCACCUGUCUCAGCGCAACCUCUGACUCUGGUUUGUUGUUUUUGGUUGUCUCCAGUUUGUUCGGCAAGCCUUGUGAGGAUGCAGGCAGUUGUAUAUUCAAGCUGAUUGCCACCAAUCCGCAAGGAGGGGCUAACACUCCCAUUAUGUCUUAUGUCAUUCCAGACAAACCUAGUACAAGAUAUCAGGAAGGGGAUGUUAAAAGACAAAAGGCAGCUGCAGUAUUGACCUGUGGAAGCAUAGCACUCUGGGAUAUACCCAGAAGUCAUUGCAGCGUUACACUUCCCCCCAGCUUGGACGCACCCUGGUGUCUUGUACGAUGGAGCCACAGCCCUUACUGCUUUGCUGACUGGAAGAAAAGAUGGAACCAUAUGCAUCUAUGAGUAUACAGAACACUGCUCAGAUAAGGAAAGGUGA